CCUCUACCCUGUGACGUGUCGCACGUUCUCCUUCGGAUCAGGAAGAGGUUUAUCCUACAGUAUAAUCUGCAAAUAUAAACAUCGUGUGACAGCACGGCCACGCCAAAAAAAUCUCAAGCAAAUAAAUUAACCCUGUUUUUCAAAGGGGCCACUUAAAGAAUAGACCUCCGGGACCAGCCUCUACUGUAGCCUGCUGGGUCUUUGGAGAGCCAUCUCUGGAGGACUGUGUUCCCUGAACCGAAUGACAACAGUGAGGUCCACAGCGUCGCAGUUCGCGGAGCACAUUGGCUUGGGACGAGGGUCUCAUCACUGAGCUCCGGGUUUGGUGGUCUCCUGACAAAUGCCUGGCGCAGGAUGGGGAAAACGCAGCAACUAGACAUGGAGGUGAUGACACCACUUAUCGAGAGCCCUGUCCAGGGCUCGGAGGAGAACUCGGAUGAGGACCACGAACUGCUCCCUCCUCCACAGCAUGAGCAGGACAACGGCCGGGGCCUCACGUUCAGCCAAGCACUCAUCCACCUGCUGAAGGGGAACCUGGGCACGGGCCUCCUAGGCCUGCCUCUGGCCGUUCACAAUGCAGGCAUAAUUGCGGGACCCAUUUGUCUUGUGCUGAUGGGGGUCGUGUGCGUGCACUGUAUGCAUAUCCUGGUCCACUGCAGUCAUCAGUUAUGCGAGAGGUUGAAGAGACCGUCCAUGAGCUACAGCGACACCGUGGCCUUUGCUAUGGAGCACAGCUCCUACCAGUGCUUCAAAAAGACCGCCGGCCUUGGCAGGCAUGUAGUCAACUUCUUCCUGGUGCUGACACAGCUGGGCUUCUGCAGCACAUACAUCGUUUUCCUGGCAGAGAACAUCAAGCAGGUGGUGGAGGGAUACCAGGAGAACAGCACGCUGGCCAGCACCUUUCCCCUGGCCCUGACCAACGUCACGGCCACGCCGGUGCCCAGCGCCCAGUUGGUGGCUGACCCGACGGGGGCUGCCCCCACGGGGGGCUGGGACCUAGACCUGCGCCUCUACAUGCUCUUCUCCCUGCCCUUCCUCAUCGUUCUGGUCUUCCUGAAGGAGUUGCGCAACAUGGCCGUGCUGUGCUUCCUGGCCAACGUGUGCAUGGCCGUCAGCGUGGUGAUCAUCUUCCUCUACAUCCUAAGCGAUUUCGGAGACGCCCGGCACAUCCCCCUGACGGCGCCUGUGGGCAGAUUCCCUUUUUUCUUUGGAACGGCCAUUUUCGCCUUUGAAGGGAUUGGAGUGGUGCUGCCCUUGGAGAACCAGAUGAGGGAUCCCAAGCGCUUCCCCAUGGCCCUGAACAUCGGCAUGGGCAUCGUGACCGUCCUCUACGUGACCUUGGGGACACUGGGCUACCUCCACUUUGGCGACAGCAUUAAAGGCAGCAUCACUCUGAACCUGCCGCACGAUGCCUGGACCAAUCAGCUGGUGAAGAUCCUGUACUCGUUUGGCGUGUUCGUCAGUUUCGCCAUCCAGUUCUUCGUGCCGGCGGAGAUCCUGCUGCCCCCGCUGUGCGCCCGCCUGCCAGAGUCCUGGAGGGGCGUCUGUGAGAUGCUGCUCCGAGGCCUGCUCGUCUGCCUGACAUGUGCGUACACCUUCCCCAUUUCGUAGUUUAACUCUGUCCUCACUCACAACUUUAAUAUUCUCUUUAAAGGGGUUUUAUUCCUCUUCGUCUUUUUCUGUUUUCUCCUUUUUUUUCUUAACGACACUUUCAUCCAAAGCGUCCGAAACGCAUCGACCAGGUCUUUUUGAGAAGAGAACCCAUGCCCUAGCCUCUAGGUGGUUCUCUCCUCCUCUUUCUCUCGCUUCUUUUCCACUCUCUCGCUCUUUUGUUUCUUUUUUAAUGAAGCUGAGGAGGUAUAGUGAAUACAAAUCUCUGUGUGACGUCCGCCUCGGCCCUAUCUACUCAAACAAUCUUCUGCUAUUCCUGUCACUCUGAGGGUACGGGGCUGGGGGAAUAUGGAGCCGUGAGAGUCCCAACGCCACCGCGCUGAUAGCUUUUCUAAUGAGCACACAUCCAUUUCUGGGUUUUUUAACAUCUUCAUGAAAGUAUUUUGAUUCGUGGUUUUCACCGUUUCAUCAACAUUUCAUCAUGUUUCCUGAAAAAUGAAUUCAUUAUGUAACUGGUACACAUGAGCUGUGCAGUGGCACAUUGUGCCAUGGAGCACACGGUUUGAGGGACAAUAUCAGGCCAAAGAUGUUUUUCAAAUAGCUACUCCACUAAAACGCUAUAAACAAUAAUAUUGAAUUAUCGCUAAACCAUGCAAGGCAGACAUCCGUCUUGUGUCUAUGUCACACAGAGAUAACCAAUAUUUUUGCAGGCAGAACCCAUUGGUAAGGUUCAGUAAGCUGCCCACGAUUGCCACAGAGUCACUUAAGAUAUGGGGCCCUGGAAAACCAGCUUGUGGUUUGCCUGUAGCCCUUUUUACAAAAUUCAACCGUUUUUGAGGAAGGUAGGUGCUGUCGCCUGCAUGAAGGAAGCAAGGAAGCUAGCAAGCAAGGAAGAAGGGCUGGAGGUUGUGGAAGUUUGUCCCUCUACUGUUAAUCAUCUCGCUAUUUGAAGCUCCCAAUAUUUUGAAGGCGCUAGCUGGGACCAAGCUUUCCCUGCUUGAUGCCCAUGCCCCUGUUCAUUUGUUUACACAUGCGUUUAUUUUCUCUUCUGUUCUCAUUGUUCUUUUUUCUUUACGUCGCUUUUUUCCCCCUCCUUGUGCUUCUCCAGUGAUGGGAAAUUUUUUAAUUGGAUAAUGGUGGAGUAAACUAAUGGAAAUGAAGCUCAUGAAUUGCAUGACUGAGUAAAAAGGGCACAGCACAUUAGCGCUCCAUGCAUCUCCCUCGCUCUCCCUGUCUCUCUCUCUUGCUCACUUCGGGGUGCCCAAGACGAGCGCUGUGGAAGUGUUACUGUGUUAGGCAGACCAAAUGGCAUACCAAAUGUGGGUGGGCAGCGAGGGCUUCGGUGGUAUAGUGCAGCUAGCAGGUUCUCUAGCUGCACCCACCAACAGCCCUGUGUAGUUUGAGUCUCCGACAGGUAAGGACCUAUAGUGAAAGAAACAUUUUCUUAAUGCUUUCUAUUUGAUGCAGGCCAGCUGAUCCUCUCCCCCUUCCCAAACUACCCCCUACUUCCCCUACAAAUCAUUCUCAAGUCAGUGAAAAAAUGUAAUCGGUUGAUCAAUACCCCCCAACAUUAGAGGGGUUGAUAUGAUGAACAAUAGUAAUUGAAUUCCUUGGAACCAUCUUGUGCGUCCCGAGACGUUCCAAAGCUUAAGCGGUGAUGGAUGGAUUUACAUUGUGGGAGCAAAACAGUGCCAGAUCUGAUGUGAUGGGGAUUUGUUUUGUCCUUAAAACCCAUCUUUUGAAUAAAUUGAAUUGGUCACUGAACCAUAUCACCCACAAGGCGAUAUAUGAAAAUAAAUAUUAGUCUACCAGACUUUAAUCGUGCGUCGCCUUAUUAAUGAGGUUCUUAAGCAGAGCGAGCCUCCAAGGGACUGUAAUGUUGGAAAAUUUCCCCCACCAACCGCAUGCUUAUAGCCUGUCUACCAAUUUGUCCUCUGAAUCCCUCAGUCAUCCUCCUUGGCUUUCAUUACUCCACUUUUUAAUGAAAAGCAUCUGUCUGUGCUCAGACAAACCACACGAGGAAGUGACUCUAAGCGAAGCUAAGUCUGGGGGAAUUGUCAUAAUUGAGUUUGUGCUGAUGAAUGCAUUUCCUGGAUAGCACUGACCACUUCCCGCCCGUGCCUGGUUUUUACACCUGCGUAUCAUCUCCCUCUCUUGCAAACAGUGAGGCCGUUAUCUAUUUCAUACCUUUAUAUUUAUAAUCAAUCAAUUAACUUUUAAUCAAUCAACUUUUAUUUCCAGACUCAUGGUCCAAUACAUACACAUACCAAUACAAACAACAGCACAUACACAAACAACAACAGGACAAAUAAAAAAGGUGUUUCCACAUGGAUGACUGGUAUCGCACAGUACUAAGACCAGGGUUUGACAGCAGCUUAAUGAUGAGGUUACAUGUACCAUUCAAUCAGCAAAUAAAUUUGUGCAUUAGGGUUCUCAACAGUGCAUGUAAUGUGUAAUCAUCAUGUAAUAAUAAUAAUGUACUAGUGAAAUAAUGCUAUCUUAUUCAUAGCCUGUAUUAGUGAAUUGGUCUCUUUUCUUAGGUAAGCAGUGAAGUAAUUUCUAUAAUGGAAGUUGAAUUAUCACUGCAGCAUUCAUGCCAUUAAAUAGUAUAAUUGGAUACCUGUGCAGUGUGCUUUCAAAGCGUGCUUGUUGGGAACGGGCUGAUUGCUUUGGCCUCCAUUAUUGCUGCUUACAGCUUCUUGAGAGGCGCUCAUCGAAACAACCUCCAACUUGGGUCCUCAACAAUAUGCAAGCAAUAUAGAAGUGUGAAGUCGGUAUUGAUGAAUUAACGGUAGUUACAAAAAUGAAAGGGCAAACCUACUUACAGACAGACAAACAGAGAUUCCUCUAAUUAAAGUGGAUAUUGAUAGCCAAAAAAAGCUAUUUGUUUUUGCUUCGUUUCAAAGUCGUUCUGUCUCUGGGUCUCAGGGCGAUUCUUAUGUUGCGUUUGGCUCCCCGGUUGGCAGGCUGAGCGGACGAGUCCCCUCAAAAGAGUGUUAAUGCACAUCCUGCGGCCCCCUCUGUGCUGAGUGUGCUUAACAAACGCCUUUGUGCAAGGGUGGCAUUCAAUUAUUGGCCCAUAGUUGUGUAUGUAUGUAAUUUAAUGACAUCUGGAGGUGUGUGCAUACAAGAGUUGUGUUUGACUCAACCGCACAAACACACACGGGCGCGCACAUACACACGUGCAACUACAC